AUGUCGUCUCCUCAAAGUCGUAAUAAUAGUUUGAGUGGUCAGUUAAAUCCAUCACUUCGUGAAAGUCGUCUAAUUACUAAUGAUAAUUGGCAGAAAUUAGGAGAAAAUAUUGAAAUGAUUGAUUCUGGUUUUAUUGAUUUCAAAGAUGUUCAACAAGCAUUAGAAUCUAUGAGUUUAAAAAUUCCAAAAUAUCAAUUAACUCAUAUAUUACAGACCAAUUAUGGAAAUAGAAGUGAAAAAAAAAUAUCAAAAGAAGAAUUUGAAAAGUUAUAUUACGAUCUUUUACCACAAACAAAUGUAGGAAUUACAUAUGGUACACAUGUUAAAAAGAAAGAAAAUGUUGAACGAUUUACUCGAAGUAAUACACUUGAUGAAAAUGAAACAGGAACAAAAAAUAAUUCAGCAGAAACAACGUCAUCCGUUUAUCAUACAGCAACAACUGAAGAACGUAUUGCAUUUACCGAUUGGAUUAAUAAAAAUUUAGCUGAUGAUUCAUUUUUACAAUUAAAAAAAAAUCCAAUUGAUCCAAAUGAUCCACAAGCACUUUAUCAACGAUGUGUAGAUGGUGUUGUACUCUGUAAAUUGAUUAACAAAGCUGUUCCAAAUACCAUUGAUGAACGUGCAAUUAAUAUGGAUACAAAAUUAGAUAUAUUUCGUCAAGGAGAAAAUUUAGAAUUAGGUAUAAUCAUCCUAUUAAUUCAGCACGAGGUAUCGGAUGUAAAGUAAUUAAUAUUCAUGUUGAAAAUAUAUCACGAGGAAUACCGCAUCUUAU